AUGCCUUCCUCCAAGCCCAGGAUCCUCAUCCCCGGUGGUGCCGGCUACAUCGGCUCGCACGUCGCCCUCGUCACCCUGCUCACCCGCAAGUACCGCGUGACUGUGCUGGACAACUACCACAAUGCGUUCCCCGCCGCCUGCAAGCGCCUCGAACAGAUCGCCAUCGACGAGCUCCCCGAGGGCGCCUCGCAGCAGGACAAGGACGACUGCAAGGUGGACGUCUUCAAGGGCGACCUCCGCAGCAAGGACGACAUCCGCAAGGUGUUUGACGCCUACAAGGGCGACGACAAGAUCUGGGGCGUCAUCCUCUGCGCCGCGCUCAAGGCCGUCGGCGAGAGCUCCGAGAUCCCCAUCGACUACUACGACGUCAACGUCGGCGGCCUCGUCAACCUGCUCAAGGUCAUGCACGACAACGGCUGCAACCGUCUCGUAUACAGCUCCUCGGCCACCGUCUACGGUACGCCCCCCACGGUGCCCAUCCCCGAGUCGACGCGCCUCGCUCCCGAGUCCGUCUACGGCCGCACAAAGUGGAUGAGCGAGAUCAUCAUCCGCGACGUGUGCGACGCCUACCCCGAGUUCCGCGCCAUCGGCCUGCGCUACUUCAACCCCGCAGGCGCGCACAAGUCGGGCAGGAUCGGCGAGGACCCGCGCGGCAAGCCGGGCAACCUGCUGCCCCUGCUCGCCCAGAUGGCCGUGGGCAAGUACCGCGAGGGCGGCCUCAAGGUGUUUGGCAACGACUACCCCACCCCCGACGGCACGUGCGUGCGCGACUACAUCCACAUCGAGGACCUCGCCGGCGGCCACGUCAACGCCGUCGAGGCGCUCGAGCGCGACGACAUCUUUGCCGCCGACAAGACCGAGACGCAGGGCAAGUACCGCGCCUUCAACCUGGGCAAGGGCGUCGGCAUGUCGGUCCUCAACAUGGUCGACGCCAUGAGGAAGGUCUCUGGCUACGAAUUCCCGCACACCAUCGUCGGCCGCCGCACGGGCGACGUGCCGGACCUCACCGCCGACCCCAGCCUGGCCGAAAAGGAGCUCGGCUUCAAGGCCACGCGCUCGCUCGACGACAUGGCGCAGGACCUCUGGCGAUGGCAGAGCAACAACCCGCAGGGCUACGGCGAGCAGUAG